AUGGCGGAUGGCGAAGACGUGACAGACUUUACCUCAAUAAAACCGGUGUCUUCACUGCGGUCGAGAUUCGAGAACUUGGGCAAGGAUGUGGAGCCGCAGACACCACCACUGGAGCGUCGACAGGUGUCGCUGACAGCUACGAACACUGGGGUGUCGGAGAGGCCAAAGACAGCGUCGGGAGAGAAGCCACAACUUCUCGCUGCCAGUAAUGCUACCGCACCACUGCAGUCUGGUCUACGAAGACCGAAGCCUAGCCAUCUUCAGUCGAGACCCCAAUCAAUGAUGGACGUAACGCCUUCGCAGAAGUCGCCGCCCAUGGUGACUGUUGACUCUCCGAGCUCCCCGGCGCCAGAUAGUAUCAAUGCGCGGUUGAGUACACCACGACUACUCCCCACGCCCGAUUCCACAGGCUCACCGACCAGAAGCCAUGCGCGGACGCUCAGCAGAGCAACCACUCCAGCACUAGAGAAGCGCAUUUCCAUGUUCUUGCAAGAUGCGCCGCCCAAGAUCGACCUUGCCAGUAAGCCAAGAGUCGUGGCGCCUCUUAUCGAGACUACCCCGCCAAAGGUCCCACCCCCUGUCAACCGCACAGCCAAGCCGUCGGUACCGGUCAAGCCUGCUACACUCGCACAAAAGUCGAAUGGACUGGCAGCACCAGAGCCGAAGCUGUCAGAGAUGACAGACCAUAGUGUCUCACCUUUCAGCACACCUCCUGGCAGUGGCGCAGGCUCACCAGAGAUUCGGGGCGAAGCUGGUGUGCCGAUUGGUCGCGAGCGCAACACAUCGGAUGCAUCGUUCGUCGAGCGAUUACGCAGCGACUCAGGAGCGUCCUCUGCAGUCUACCGUACGCGUUGUGAUUCCGAUGUUUCGUUUGCUGAACGAGCUCGAGCAGGCUCGAAUGCCUCGUUCGUGGAGCCAUCAUCUUUGCCAGAGACUACGUUCCAUGCGCCAUCCUCACUUUGGCGAGCAUCAAGCAAACGAGAUCAGGCAUCUCCUAGUCUUGCCAGGACGCCGACUAUGCCAGCACGGUACGGACAUGCUCGUAACAACAGUGCUGGCGGCGAGGUAGAUGACGACCGACCAAGACUACCUGCCCGGCCUGAACUACAGAUUCGCUCGGGGCGGACAAGUCCCACGAAGCCGAGAUCAGGCAGGACGAGUCCAAGCAAGCUCUCGCAACAGAUACAUCCUCGACGAUCACACGAUGGCCUGAGACGAGCUGCUACGUUCGGGGAUCAGCCGCCACCACAGCGUAUUCCUGCGACCAGAGCGAUGCCCAAAUCUGCGCUUACCGAAGGUUUUGACCGGACGGUAAGUCUUGCUCCAGGCAAAGCUGCACCAGCAGUCCCAGCACCUAGGAGGUCAGUGGACAUGCGACGGCCACAGAUGCCUCCGCCCGCGAAGUCAAGCGUGCAGGAUGCUGUGCAGACCAAUGGAUACUCCCACGACGAUCAAGAAGACUUCAUGCCGAUUGCCCAAGCCGAUACUUCCACGUCAGCCUCGGAGUACCCCGAUGCCACUCAAGCGAAUCGCAGGCCACCGAAAUACAAGCAGCGGCCAUUCCAGAUAUUCACAGAGUACGAUACCAGACUCUGCGCGGUGUCUGGUGAAAUCGUGGUGACCAGUGGCUACAUCACGAAAGCAUGGAACAUCAAGACGGGCGAGCAAAUUCUCAACAUGAUGCACAAUGAGAAUGUUAAGGCCACUUCAGUAGCCUUUAAACCUGCUCUGGAACCUCGUGACGAAGGCACCCGAAUCUGGGUUGGGACAAACAUUGGCGAGAUACACGAGAUUGACAUACCAAGCCAACGACUGGUCAAGACACGAGCGAAUGUUCACACACGUCGGGAAGUCGUUCGUAUGAUCAGGCACGGCACGCAGAUCUGGACACUAGAUGAUGGUGGAGAGCUUUGCAUCUGGAGGCCAGAUGCGAAAGGCCUUCCCAACGUUGAUGGCCAGUACCAUAGCUUUCGUGUCCCUCGAGGACAUUCUGCUUCUGUGGUUUGUGGCAACCACCUUUGGAUCGCUACGGGAAAGGACAUUCGUGUCUUUAACCCUACCGCCAGCAACGAUGCUGAGUUUCAAUUCAUGCGCGGCACUCUUUCACAACCCGGCGCAGGCGACGUAACAUGCGGCACCACGCUUACGAGCACACCUGAUGUCAUAUACUUCGGCCACUCAGACGGCAAGGUCAGCGUCUACAACUGCAAAGACUUCUCUGCAGUAUCUGUCGUCACCGUCAGCUUGUACAAGAUAGCAUCUCUAGCUGGCGUAGGCGACCGUCUGUGGGCUGGCUUCAAUACUGGUAUGAUAUAUAUUUACGACAUUUCGACGACACCUUGGCGAGUGAAGAAAGACUGGGAGGCACAUGAGAAAAAGCAGGUCUGCAGCAUCGUGCCUGACGCUUCUGCAUUGUGGUCUAUGGAUCGUUUGCAGGUUGUCACGCUUGGCACAGAUAAUAUAUUGCGGAUAUGGGAUGGUUUCUUGCAAGAAGACUGGCUCGAUAGCCGAAUGCAGAGCUAUGAUUCGCGAUACUGCGCCUACCGCGAAUUGACCGCCUCAGUGCUCACCUGGAACGCUGGUGCCUCCAAGCCACAGUAUCUACAGCAAAACCAUGAAGACAACAACUUCUUCCGGGAUUAUCUCAGCUCUGGCGAGCCUCCCGACAUACUUGUCUUCGGCUUCCAAGAACUGGUUGACCUUGAAGACAAGAAGACGACAGCGAAGUCGUUCUUCAAGUCGAAGAAGAAAGAUGGUGGAGACCAGGAGCACAUGUCUCAUCAGUAUCGUGCCUGGCGAGAUCAUCUUACGAGGUGUCUUGAGGAGCACAUUCCCGCGAACGUUGGCUACGCUCUACUGCAUACUGCUAGCAUGGUUGGACUGUUCACAUGCAUAUUUGUGAAGUCUACCGUACGCAGCCGCAUCAAGCACGUCCACACUGCGGAGGUCAAACGUGGCAUGGGUGGCAGGUACGGCAACAAAGGUGCCCUCAUCUUGCGAAUGGUCCUAGACGAUAGCAGUCUCUGCUUCAUCAAUUGCCAUCUAGCAGCCGGCCAAACUCAAACCAUCAACCGCAACAAUGACGCAGCCGCCAUUCUCGAAGCAGAAGCACUUCCUCCCUACCCACUCGCCAACAGUAGCGCUGCCCAGCACAACGAUGUCUUUGCUUCGGGUGGCGAUGGCAGCCUUGUGCUCGACCACGAGAUCUGCAUACUCAACGGCGACUUGAAUUACCGCAUCGAUACCAUGGGUCGAGACACAGUGAUCAAGCACGUCGCCCAAAACAAUCUCGCCCGCUUACUAGAGCGCGACCAACUCCUGCUCAGCCGCAAAAAGAAUCCAGGUUUCCGCCUUCGAGCCUUCCAAGAGAAUCCCAUAACGUUCGCACCAACAUACAAGUACAACCUCCACUCCGACGACUACGAUAACAGUGAGAAGCGCCGCGCACCGGCCUGGUGUGAUCGCAUUCUCUAUCGUGGUCUUGGACGUGUGAAGUUGGAAGAGUAUCGACGGUGGGACGUUAGAGUCUCCGAUCACAGGCCUGUGAGUGGGAGGUUGAGGAUGAGGGUCAAGACUGUUGAUGCUGGUAAGAGGGCGCAGGUCUGGGAAGUAUGUAAGGGAGAACUCGAAGUGAGGACGGCGGAGAUGGGGAGGAGUGUGAUGGUGGAGUAUUGUGUGAAUGUGCUUGGCAUGACAGCACAGAAGGCGAGCGCGGCGGUAGGGUGA